UUUGGAAAGUGGGGGAGGGCGACCGAGCAACUUUUUGGAUAAUUUUAACCAACUUCAGCGUGACAACUUCUAUUUUUCUCACUCUUGGAUUGUUUUGCGCUCUUUUCCGUGGCGUAUGCGCACUUUCCGAGAGAUUUUCGUUUGGAUAAUGAAGGAAUUUGAGCACAGCCAGCGCGCAUCAGACCAGCAGCGAGGACUGAAAGAUUUCUGGAGGAUUUCUAAAACACGCUACUAACUUUUUUUAAGCAAAGAUGAAUCGCGUGGAAAGUUUUACGCAUGGAUGUGACGUUUUGUUGCCUUUUCUGGCGUAACUAACAUAUCCACAUCGCGCUUUCUACAAACGUGUUUUGGUGCACCGUUGCUUCGCUCUCUUCUAAAAUGUCGUCCCGGGGCCCCAUUGUUGCCUCGUUUUGUGGGAUGCUAUGGCUCUGGACUGCCGUGUUGAUGCUUUUUACGCACAUUUCGGACGCGGUGCUGUCCACGAACGUGCCGUUUUUUGAAGAUCGUUGCAAGAAAACUGCAACUUGUGAAGCUUUAAAGUACAACACAUGCUUGGGGUCCCCGUUGCCCUACACGCACACGUCCCUGGUCCUAGCCGAAGACUCAACCACCCAAGAAGAGGCUUUUGAGAAGUUAACCAUGUGGUCUGGUCUGAGAAACGCACCCCGGUGCUGGUCUGUGAUCCAGCCGCUGUUGUGCGCCGUGUACAUGCCCAAAUGUGAGAACGGGAAAGUGGAGCUGCCGGGGUACAGCCUGUGUGAGGCCACCAGGGGGCCCUGCAGCAUCGUGGACCAGGAGAGAGGAUGGCCCACCUUCCUCACCUGCGACAAGUUCCCCACGGGCUGCUCUAACGAGGUGCAGAAGCUGAAGUUCAACACCUCGGGCCAGUGUGAGGCUCCUCUGGUGAAGACAGACAUUCAGUCGAGUUGGUACAAAGACGUGGAGGGCUGUGGGAUCCAGUGUGACAAUCCUCUGUUCACAGAAGAAGAACACAGUGACAUGCACAGAUACAUCGCAUGUUUCGGCACAGUCACCCUCCUCUGCACCUUCUUCACUCUGGCCACGUUUCUCGCAGACUGGAAGAACUCAAACCGCUAUCCGGCUGUGAUCCUCUUCUACAUAAACGCCUGCUUCUUCGUGGGCAGUAUCGGCUGGCUCGCUCAGUUCUUGGAUGGAGCGCGAGAAGAAAUUGUCUGUAAAAGUGACAACACCAUGAGACUGGGAGAGCCCUCCUCCUCAGAGACUUUAUCCUGCGUGACCAUCUUCAUAAUCGUGUACUACUCGCUCAUGUCUGGGGUCAUCUGGUUCGUGAUGCUCACCUAUGCCUGGCACAUGUCCUUUAAAGCUCUGGGCACCACUCAGCAGCCGCUCUCAGGACGGACCUCGUACUUCCACAUGGUCACAUGGUCCAUCCCCUUCGUCCUCACUGUGGCCAUCCUCGCUAUAGCCGAGGUGGAUGGAGAUUCAGUGAGCGGAAUCUGUUUUGUCGGAUACAAAAACUACAAGUACAGAGCUGGUUUUGUGUUGGCGCCGAUCGGAGUGGUCCUGGUGGUUGGUGGUUACUUCCUCAUUCGGGGUGUAAUGACAUUGUUUUCCAUCAAGAGUAACCAUCCUGGAUUGUUAAGCGAAAAAGCAGCCAGUAAAAUCAACGAGACGAUGCUGAGACUUGGUAUAUUUGGAUUUCUUGCUUUCGGUUUUGUCUUCAUCACAUUUGGGUGCCAUUUUUAUGACUUCUUCAACCAGGCCGAAUGGGAGAAGAGCUUCAGAGACUAUGUGCUGUGUGAGGCGAACGUGACGAUAGCGUCGCAGACCAACAAGCCGAUCCCAGAGUGCACCAUAAAGAACCGGCCCAGUCUGAUGGUGGAGAAGAUCAACCUGUUCUCCAUGUUUGGGACGGGCAUCGCCAUGAGCACCUGGGUCUGGACCAAAGCCACCAUCCUCAUCUGGAAACGCACCUGGUUCAAGAUAAUUGGCCGAAGUGACAAUGAACCAAAGCGCAUAAAGAAAAGUAAGAUGAUCGCCAAAGCCUUCGCCAUGAGGAAGGAGCUGCACCAGAACCCAGAGAAAGAGUUGUCCUUCAGUAUGCACACGGUGUCACAUGACUGUCCUGUCGCUGGAAUAAACUUUGACAUAAAUGAGCCUUCCCAAGACAUGUCAUCAGCCUGGGCUCAGCAUGUGACUAAGAUGGUGGCCAGGAGGGGCGCUAUUCUGCCCCAGGACAUCUCAGUCACCCCCACAGGGACCCCAGUUCCUCCUCCGGAAGAAAGGAACCGCCUGUGGAUGGUGGAGGCCGAGAUCUCCCCGGAAAUGAUCAAGAGGAAGAAGAAGAAGAAGAGGAGGAAGAAGGAAGUGCGUCCGACCGAGGAGACGGAGGAGAAAGCGCCGUACCCGCAGCGAGAAUUUGGGCGCAGCUCCGUCCCCCGUUUGCCCAAACUGCCCAACCACCCGAGUCUGGUGGCAAAUCUGAGACAGCAACACAAGCUGGAGGAAAACGUGCUGCCGGGAUCGUACCAGGAGAUCCCGUUACCUCACCCGAUGGCGUGUGAGGAGCCGUACCUGUACCCCUCCUGCUACAAAAGCCCACCUUCGUAUAACUUUAGUCUAAUGUCAGACCAUCUCCCUGCGAACGAGCGACCGGAAGAUCUAGGAAUCGGACCGCAUUUCCAGGGAGGAUACGGGAGGAGGGUGGAGCAGAGGAGGGAACGAGGGGAGAGGGGGGAGAGGUUAGCCCCCGUGUCCCGAGCACCAGGAGGGCGUUGGGCUGGUCCCAUCAACUCAAGGACAAAUCUGAUGGAGGCGGAGCUUAUGGAUGCUGACUCAGACUUUUGAAAGGAAGGAGGUUUUGGGUAAAGUUAUUUGAAUUCAGAAAAUCUAUCAAAUGUAGUCGUGGCAACUCAAGUCAGGAAUUAAAGUCAUUGGAGCUAAUACUGAUAUAUUUUUGAUUAUUGAAAACCUGGUUUAAACUUCAGGAAGGACAGUUUUGAUGGUUGUUGGAUAAAGGCGCACUGUGUAAUUUUCCUGCCAAGAGUCCGUCACCUGUUUGUCUCCAUGGAGAUGUUAUUGUUUUGCCUGGAAUGAUCCACAGUAUGAAAUUAAACUCAUCUAUCUUGCAAUUAGGUGCUUUUAUAGCUACAAAAAUGCCUCUCAAACAUUUUUUCUGACUGUGAGUGGACUCGCCUCUCCACAAAUCUGACCUGUAACUUGGCCUAGUAGUGUCUACAUUUGUCUGUAUGCAUAUUAAUUAGGGAUGUAACAAUUACCAAAAUAUCGUGAUAUCGUAUCGUCAAAGUUCUCACAAUAAUAUCGUGGACCAUCACAAUAUAUCGAAUUACAAGUCUCUUUGCUUAAAUUAAGAGUUAUGGCGCAGCAAUAGCUAAAACAAGACAGAGGGAACUACAUCGACCAGACAUGUCAAACUCAGGCCCGGGGGCCAAAUUUGGCCCGCAAAUAUAGAGACAUUAUUUAAAAUUUUGUUAUUAUUUUAUUUUCUGCUUGUUCUGGAUUCAAUGUUUAAGCAAAACUAUUAUUAAACAUUUAUUUUAAUAAGUAGGUUUAACAUUACAUAUCUCGAAAGAAGAGAAAACAAGCAGAUGUAGUUUAAAAUCUUAAAUAAAUAUUUAGUUUGGCCCACGACUUAGUCCCAGUUUUUUAAUUUUGGCCAUCUGUGAAUUUGGGUUUGACACCCCUGACAUAGACCAUGAUCCUUUGCUCCAUUUCAGUGCAGACUACAAGAAGAAAUAACAGUUCUAAGCACUUUAAAGUCUUAGUUCUUUGGAUUAAGUCUUGUCAAGGCAUUUUAAGAGGAAAAAGUCACAUAUUAACAGUUUUGUUCGCCUCCACAAAAUAUCACGAUAAAUAUCGUACCGUGAGAUGUAUAUCAUGAAAAUAUCGUACUGAGAGAUUUGCAUAUUCUUUCAUCCCUAAUCAUGAGCCUCCCCACCAUAUUACAGUAAAUAUUCAUACUGUGAUGAUAUCGUAUCGUGAGACUUGGAUAUCGUUACACCCCUAAAAUGCCUUACAGUGGAACAGUCCAAGCAAAGCAGCAUUUCCAAGGAGACAAGCAGGGAGUGGACCUUCUACCAGAAAAGUUACACAGUGCAUCUUUACAUGAUCAUGGCAGGUUUAGACUGUCAAAAAGCAACACAGUGGUGUAGUGGCAACUUUUUCUGUGUUGAAUUUGCUUGUUUUACCUGUUGUUUUGGCAGGUUUUUGUCCAUUUAUUUUGGUUUCCCCAAUCAACCAAAAACAUGCACAAGGUUAAAUCUCCAGCUAGGUGCUCCUGACCAAGAUCCUAGCUCAAGAUCCAGAUCUAGAGACGCAGAUUCCCAAACACUUCACUGCUUUUGACUACAUCUCCAAACACUGAAGAAUGGGUCAAAAGCAGGGGACAGUUUUCCACAGUUUUUCUUUUACUGAAUUCAAAUAACUUCAACUUUACGAUCAUGAUUUUAAACUUGGAGCUGCAUCAUCGAGGAGUAAGCUACAAAAAAAGUGCUGGAUACUUUCUCAUCUUACUCAAACGUGCACAGUCUUCAGUGCCCAGAGGUGGACGAUUCCUUUUGCUUUGAUUUUUAGAAAGACGGAAAGGGACAGAGUGUAAAAUAUGUGUAAACGUCUUGAGAUUUUUUAUUAUAUUUUUAUUUUGUGUGUCUAAACUUAAGGAAAGUCCACAUUGACAAAGGCAGCUAAACUGUACAUGGCUUGAAACAUGACUGAGGUUAUCGAAAACGCCUUUAAAGAAGACCUAUUGUGUUUGCGUUUGCCUUAUAGUUAUAAUCUAUGACGCCCGUGGAUCUUUUAUGUUGUAAUUUGGACAUUUUAAAUCCCAAUAUUCUUCUUAAAUGACAUAAAGGUUUAUUGCGCAACUUUUCUGGAGCAUCUGUUACUGCUUGUUUCCAUGCAGAUGUUAUUGCUUUGCCUGGAAUGUUCCAUGGUGCGACAUUAUCCACAACUAUCUAGCAUUUAUUCAUUACAGGUGUUUCUAUUUCUCAAAAAUACAAUAAUUCACUUUUUGAAUACGAUUGCCUCUCCACAGAUGUGACCUGUAAUGUCACCUACAGCUGUCUCUUUUGAAACAGAUAGACGUAAUUUCUACCGUGGAACAUUCUAGACAAAGACAUAACAUCUCCAUGGAAACAAGCAGGUGAUGGAUCCACCAGAAAAGUUGAGCAAUGCACCUUUAAUACAAAAACAAUAAUAAAUCCGCUGACUUCCACAUUAGAAAAAUGCGGUGCCCAGUAGGGUUGGGCGGUAAUGCGAUAUUACGGUAUGCCGCGGUAUCAAAAUUAGCAACGGUAUCAGUUUCAUUACCGUCAUUAAAAAAUCUGCAGCGCAUAAGGACCUAAUAUAAUAUUAUAAUUUACUGAUACCUACAUUUGUUUGCUCAGCUCAGAUGAAUUUGUGGUUGUAUUUUCAAUUUAACGCUAUCAGGAUUUAAAACUAAUAGUGUCUAUAAUGUUUGUUUUAACUGUGUGGGGAAAUUACGUGUGAUUAGCUUUGCUCUGUUGUCACAUGACGCUCAUAAGGGAGACCAAGACAAAAUGCCAAGUCCGGUCGCAAGCGAGUUGGUCCCCCCCAAAAAAUACUAGUACUUCUGCAAUUUGGCAGCAUUUUGGCUUCAGGUGCACAUUUGUUUACGUUUUACAGAAACAAAGCUUAAAACCACAUGACUCAUUUGCAUAAACUAUAAAGUGCUGAUAAAAACAGCUCGCUCCUUGUGCGCUGAUGCGGUUCAGCUUCUGUCGGACUAAAGGACACGACUCAGUGGAAUAUGAGUGUUCUUUCUGUGACAGAGGGGUGUGCUGCUGAUGGUGAGUUUGUUCUGUGUGUGUGUCGCAUUGGAGAUGGUUCAUGUUAAACGUUUCAGAGAGUCUGCAGGUCGUACACAUAGACCACACAGCGUUGUAACUUUGUAGAUUACCAAAGUUGUACUAAAAUUUUUCAUAAGACGGUAAUACCUUAUACCCCCGUAAAAUCCUGAGAAGGUUUAACGGUAUCAAAAUUUGGAUAUCGCCCAACCCUACAAUGCACCUUUAAAGGGAUAGUUCGGUUUUUUGACAUGAAUUUGUAUGGCAUCCCUGUGAGCAAUGUCGUGCAUCCACAGUGACUUACCCCCGAAAGCGUCCGUUGAGCUGAGAUACUGGCCGUUUUCGGUGCUGACGAAAGUAGUCCGGCAAGUUGGCUGGGGACAUUUUAAAAUAAUGCGUUUUUCUUCUCAACACAAUAUGUGUUCAAAAGAGUGAUACAUUUGAAUCACAAAACCAUCGUCCUCAAAAAAGUCAGACCUCAUAAUCGCUUGGCACUAUUUUCUCUCCGUUCGUAUCAGCGUGCAGUGAUCCCUUUAAUACAAAAAUAAUAAUAAAUCCUCUGACUUCCACGUUAGAAAACUGUGGUGCCCGUCAUCACAACAAAGAGUCGGCACCUCUGAUGGAUAGCUGCAGGUCACACUACCGAGUUUGCACCAAAAUGACUCUUAAGUAUCACUGAUUAAAAAAAUAAAAUUGGAGAACGAAGUAAGAACAGAGCAGUGGACGGUAAAAAGGAGGCUUGAUCAGCAAAAUGGCACCUUAAAAAUAAGCUACUCUAUUACUCAAACACGUACAAAUCACUCCAGAUACAACUUGAAGUGAGUAAAUGGUGAGGAGAAAUAACUAUAACAUGGGUAAAUGCUCUGAAUAGGUCUGCUUUAAAGCCUUUAAAGUUCUAUUCAUAUUUUGUUUUUGGUUUUCUGUUUUUGUACUGUAGGAUUUUAAAUGUGUGUAUAUACGUGUAUGAAAAUAACGUUAAAAACAAUGAGCUUCUGAGUUGGGCGAAGCAAUAUUGGAAAAUGAUCUGUCCGAGAUUUGAGUAUGUUUUGGCGAUUGCUUUUAGAUUUGCGAUUUACAUUUUGAAAUUCAAGAUUCGGUGCGUAUCUUGGAACAUUUUCUGGGCAUUAAGAUUUGAGAAAAGACUGAAAUAUGAACGAAAUAAACUGAGAUAAACUAACACAACAGGGUCAGCAAGUUUUAGAUUUACAAGUGUAAUUUUUAAAGAUGCGCUGCGCAGCUUUUCUGGGAGAGGGUCCACGAGCUGCCUGUAUCCAUGGAGAUGUUAUUGCUUCGUCUGGAAUGUUUCCGUGAUAUAGCAUUAAACAUUUUGGGUGUUUCUUUUGCUCAAAAAUACAGUAAUUCCUUGUAUGAAUAGCUGCGCCUCUCCACAGAUCUGAACUGUAACUGUACCUGUAUCCUGCCUGUGAUUGGUCAGUUUAAUCUAUAUUACGGGACAUUCUAGACAAAGCAAUAACGUUUCUAUGGAGACAAGCUGGUGGUAGACCCUCCACUUGAAAUGUUUCACAGUGCACCUUUUUUAGCCUUGUUUUUUCUUGCACUGUCAUGGCAACUAUAAUAUGUUAAAACUGAAAAUUUCAUGCCCACAACUUUGCUUAUUUUAUUUUUAUUUGUGUUGUAUAGUUUAUAUCUUUGUGCGUCAGUAUUUUGUUGUGUUACUAAGUGAUGUUUUGACAUUUUACGUUCACUCCCUGGAAAGCAAAACGCUAUGAUUAAAGCUGCAUGGCGUAACAUUUCUGGAGAAGGAGCUGCCAUCUGCUUGUCUGCAUGGAGAUAUUAUUUUGUUGACUGGAAUUUUCCACAGUAUGGCAUUAAACUUAACUAUCUUAUUCAAUUAAAAGUGGAACAUUGCUAAAAAAAAAAAAAAAAAGUUAUAGUGUAAAUAACAGACAUUUUUACUGCGUUCUCUCCUCUCCACAGACUUAACCUGUAAAAUGACCUGAUGGCAGGAGAUAAAUUUAUCGACAUACUCUGGAAUAUUUCAGGCAAAGCAAUAACAUCUCCAUGGAGACGAGCAGGGAGCAGGUAGCGGACCCUCCACCCGAAAAGCCCCACGGUGCAUUCUUCGUCGUAGUUCAGAGCUGGUACUGUUGUCUGUCACUCCUCACGUGUACUGUAUUCUUAUUUUACUAAUUUGCACCUUCACAAAAACGUCGUCUCUUGUCUUUAUGUUGAGCACUGUACAUAAACUGACUGACAUUAAGUUCUGAGUAACAUUUUGUACAGAUUUAUAUAUAAAAACAAAAAUGCGUUAAAAAGAAAAAAAAAAGAAAAAAAAAAA